AUGUUCAUUCUUCCUCGCUCCGUCUCGUUAUCGGCUGCUGCCAAAAGACCUGAUUAUUGUUUCUCUUUGUGCCUCCAAUCAGUAUCCUCAGCAGAUGAGAUUAUGACCCAUUUGCUGAAUAAUGGGUCCGACAUGGAAACAUCUCUCAACAGAAUCAAAAUUCGCCUUGAUGCAGAAUGCAUUAACAAAAUCUUACAAGGUGUUCCGUUGAUAAACAUCUAUUGGGUCUUAGGUUCUUCAUUUGGGCUGGUCUUCAACCUAGGUAUAGACACACUUCGUACAGAGGCUAAAGAUGCAAACUUGGGAUUUUCGGUUCUGAGUAAAAUGAAGGAGUUUAAUUGCAGGCCUGAUAUGACUGCAUAUAAUUUGGUUAUUAGGUUGCUUCUGGAGAAGGGAGAGAUUGACGAGUUGGAGGAUGCUUGCAGGUUGAUUAAAGCUAUGAAAGGACAUGGUUGUUUGCCCAAUUCGAUUGUUUAUUCAGCCCUACUCGAUGGUCUCUGUAAGUUUGGGACUUUUGAAAGGGCAAUUGAGAUGCUGGCAGAGAUGGAGAAAGAAGAUGGGGAUACGAAGCCAAAUGUGCUUACUGAUACAAUUUUGAUUCAGAAUUUUUGUGAGAAGGUUCAGUCUAUGAACGGCUUAAGAAUUUUAGAUCGAAUGAGGGACUUUGGAUGCAAACCAAAUAGAAUCACAAUGAGGGCUCUGAUUAAGGGACUUUGCUCAGAGGGGCACAUAGAUGAGAUUGGAAAACUUGAGGAGUCAGAGAUGGCUUUCAAGAAAAUGUUGGCUCGAGGAUUUAGGCCUGAUGGUGCUGCUUCAAGUACUGUUAUGAGGCAGCUUUGUUUAGCUGGAAGGCCUCGAGAUGCUUUUCACUUGUAUGAAGCAGUCGAGAUGUCAGGAAGCGUCACUAUUGAUACUGAUCUCUAUUCAGUUCUUUUGGUUGCUCUAUCUGAAGAAAAACAUAUACUCUAUCUGAAGAAAAACAUAUACUGGAAGCUCCUAAGUUAG